CCUGCCCUACAAGGACUAGCAUCGAACAGGAAGCGCUCGUAGGCACGCACGCACGCACGCAGAGGAAGAAGGAUGAGCCUGACGGCCGACUCUGCACUCUUCGACUCGGCGGUACGCCACCUGUUCCACCUCCCGGAGACGCUGGAGAAGCUCGGCUUCCCCGCCUCGGCCGUGCGGCCGCACGACGCACACCGCGGCAACGGCCGCGGCCGCAACGGGGAGGAGGGGGUGGGCCUCCGAAGCGCACCCGUCGACAUACUCGAGAGCCACAAGGAAUACACCUUCGUCAUCGACGUCCCCGGUCUGUCCAAGUCCGACAUCCAAGUGACCCUGGAGGACGAGAAGAUUCUGGUGAUCAAGAGCAGCGGGAAGAGGAAGAGGGACGACGGGGAGGAGGAAGGGUGCCGGUACCUGCUGCUGGAGAGGAGCGCGCCCGUCAAGUUUUUGAGGAAAUUCCGGCUGCCGGAAGACGCCAGCUCCUCGGGCAUCACAGCCAAGUGCGAGAACGGCGUGCUCACCGUCGUCGUGGGGAAGAUUCCGCCGCCCGAGCCCAAGACGAGAACCGUGGAGGUGACCAUAGCUUGAACGUCGGGUUGUCCCGACACUCGUACGACUUCUAAGCGCUUCGGAGAUGUAGAAAGUUGACUUCUUGCAAUGUUAGAUUCCUGUUUUCGAA